GUAGACGACAACUUCAGUUAAGUUAGCUCAUUCGCCAGCUAGCUGUGGAUAUCACACAAUUUACUUAAGUUUUAACUGUGUCUGAAGACAAGCUUUGUUGACCAUUUUUUAUCUUUAAAUGAAGAUACAUACAACAUCAUGUCAUUCAUGCGAUCGAACCCGUUCACCUCGCCGGUUGGUCAAAGAAUAGAGAGGGCGACCAAUGAAAGCCAGGCAUCAGAAGACUGGGGGCUUAUCAUGGAGAUAACUGAUAUCAUCAAUGAAACAGAAGAAGGUGCCAAAGAUGCUGUUAAAGCCCUGAAGAAGAGAUUAUUUGGGAAUAAAAAGUGGAAGGAAGUUAUUUUCAGUUUGACGAUUCUUGAGACCUGUGUGAAGAAUUGUCAGCAUCGAUUUCAUGUCCUGAUCUGCAAGCAAGAAUUUUGCAAGGAAUUGGUGAAAGUUAUUCAGCCCAACUUGAAUCCACCAACCAUUGUACAAGAGAAGAUCCUAAGUUUAAUUCAGUCAUGGGCCGAUGCCUUCAAGAAUGACCCAACCUUGCAUGGUGUUGUCAAGGUGUAUGAAGAACUGAAGAGCAAGUCAAUUGAAUUCCCAGCAACAGACCUUGAUGCACUCUCCCCUAUCAGGACACCACAGAGAGUAACACCAGAGAUAGACCCUGCUAUGAACAGACCAGCUCCUACUAGACAGCCAACACAGCCUGUUCCUGGACCUGUACCUGUCCAAGCACCCCCUGUGCAGCAGCAGCAGCAGGGACCUGCAACCUUUACACCAGACCACAUGACUAAGCUAAGGAGAGAAUUAGACCUGGUCCUUGGUAAUGUCAGGGUCAUGUCUGAGAUGUUGACUGAAAUGCAACCAGGACAAGAGAAUCCAGAUGAUCUACAAUUACUCCAGGAACUGAACCAGACUUGUCGUACAAUGCAAAAGAGGGUCGUUGAACUCUUAUCCGAGGUCACUCAUGAAGAAGUCACAGGAGAGUUACUUAGAGUGAAUGAUGACCUGAACAACAUGUUUGUACGUUAUGACCGUUAUGAACGGUACCGUCAAUCCCAAGCACAGACCAACCAACCAUCUCAACCCCCGUCUACUGUUUCUUCAAUGCCUCCUGUUGUUCCUCUUCCAUCUCUUGCUUCACAACCUCCUGUGCAAGGAGAGAAUAGCGUAGGGACGUUAAUUGAUCUUGGAAUGGAUGAACCAGCACCUGUUCCAUCCUACCCUCCACCCGCAUCAACGGGGGCACCACCAAUGGGUGGGGGCGUGGGGUACCCUCCACCAGCAUCAACGGGGGCACCACCAAUGGGUGGGGGCUUGGGAUACCCUCCACCAGCAUCAACGGGGGCACCACCAAUGGGAGCACCACCAAUGGGUGGGGGCGUUGGUUACCCCCCACCCGCAUCAACAGGUGGAUUACCUUCAUACGAUGGCCUACCAUACCCUGAAGUCUCGCCAGCAUCUGGUGCUCUCACUAAUCAACUAGCUGGUCUCUCAAUGACUGAAGGAAGUGUAAGUAAUACACUUGGUCAGAUCAGUAAUGUACCAACCUCAGUGAAUCCACCACCACCUGAAGAUGAUUUUGAUAUGUUUGCACAAAGCAGAGGAACAACAUACCAGGACAGCAUCAGAUCGGGCAGCACGUAUCAAGACAAUACAAACCUAGACCAAGGAGGUGGAGCAUUGGCAGGAUAUGUGCAAAACAGAUCCCUACCUCCAGCAUAUGAUGCUGUAGUCAAAGGAGAGCAACCAGCCCCAGCAUCAAGAGGAGGAGGAGGAGGAGUGGAUGAGAUGGAACAAUGGCUUACAGCUAGUGAUUUGAGUAAGCCACAGGAUACCUUUGCAGCAGCCAAUACUAACUCAGAUGGUGGUGAUGCUGGUAUUAGUAGUACAGAGUUUGACAAGUUUUUGCAGGACAGGGCUCAAGUGGGUGCCACACUCCCAACAGCCAACAUUGGUAGCCAUAGCAACGUGACAGCUCCGGCAUCCACACAACAAAACAGACAGAUGCAAUUGAAUGAAACGGACAACACCAUGUUUGCACUAUAGGUUCCACAUUCUUUACUUUAUUCUUAUCAUCAUCUAAAUCUUAUUCAGGUAAUUUAAAGUGUACGAUAAGAUUGUACCAAUCAGAGUAUUUAUAUUGUCUUUAUUGUAAUGCAUUCACACGUGCACUAGAGUGUGUAUGGGGUUGGUGUAUCCUCAAGGCACAGACCCACAUUUCACCCUCCCUCACAUAAAAGCUUGGGCUACUUAUACAGUGCAGGGUUGCCAAACAAUAGGGCUCCUGCAUGCCCCCACCCACCCCUCCCACUUGAUACCCCUUUCAUAAACCCAAGUAUGAGGCUAAUAGCAGCAUAAUUUGGUCGUAAAAU